UGAUAUGUUACGUUGUCUCAGUGAAAAUGUUAAGUGGCUGACCUUAGGUCACGGCCGCGCAGGUUAAUUGUCACCUCGCCCCAAAGCUCAGCUCGCUCCAAAUGAAUUGUGAUCAGCGGAAAAAAUAAGGAAAAGAAGGCAGUUAUGAGAUGAACGGUUAGUAUACCUACCAGAUGUAAAUGAUAUGUUACAUUGUCUCAGUGAAAACGUUAAGUGCCUGACCUUAGGUCAUGGCCGCGCUGGAUAAUUGUCACCUCGCCGCCGGCGUCUUUCAAAGUGACCUGUGGAUCAUAUGGGAUGGGGGAGGUUUCUUUGUGAUCAUGGUGAGGCACCGAGCUGUUCGCAUGGAUGGAUCAACACAAUGACCCUGUGUCCUAGCCUUUACAUUUACAAAGUUUCGCCUAAAAUAAUGGCAGGAUUAAACUUACUGCUGUAGUGUUAUUUGGGAGUUAAUGCUCAUAACCAUCUUUUUUUUUUAAGUGUAUAAAUAUACAGCAAUUUCGCAGCUUAAGUCUUAGAAACUAGCCAUCAGAUUAUGACUUUAGAUCAGAUAACUGGGCGUGGCGUAACUUCAUAAUUACACUCAUCAGAAAGAAGCGUCACAGAAAAGUACAAGGCCACCAACCGUCACACUACACUAGUUACUCUGUCGUUCACCACGGAGCACACUGCUUCGAACUGCUUAAAUGUAUGGAAUACCCUUGUUUUUAAGGUAUUAGAUGGCUGGAAUAGAAAUAGAUGACAUGGAGCAACGUUUUACCAUUGAGCAGUUCAAUCUGCUGACACGUCUGAUGAAGAUUGGGGAGAAAAUUCAGCAGACGGGACUGCCGGAGGACAACAUUCUCCAAACCCUCUACGACAUGCAGCAAAGCUAUCGUCUGGGGAAGAAACUGCCUGCCUUAGGAACUGGACCAGAGCCUACAGUCACACAUGAGCAGCUAAUCCUGCUGACCCGUCAGUUGUCGAUCCACCAGAGUCUUCAGCAGACUGGUCUGUCAGAAUGCAGCAUAUUCCACAUCAUCUGCACCAUGCAGCAAACCCAAACUUGGAAUAUUGAUAUCGAUGAACUUCAGAAAGUUCAAGAGGUGGAAGAGGAUUUUAAAACAGAAAAGUUGGAUGAUGGUGUAAUUCCAAAUUUGGGCACAUCUGCGGGACCAAUUGCAGGAGAGGAAUUUGAGGGAGAGGUGGAAAGGCUAAUGAGGAAAGAUACGAUGGAGUUAAAUGCGGAGAUCAAGACAUUUCUCCUUAACCAUGACAUUGGUCAAGAAGCCGUGGCGACAGAAAUCGGCGUCAGCAUUAGCUCCGUGUCAGUGUUUCUCAAACAUGGCUGGGGUCUGAACACUGGCAAGCGAACAGCUCUUUAUACUUGGUACCUUCGCCAGAAGCAUACUGAAUCAGAGAUGCCAGGCAAUAAUCCCUAUCGACGGAACCUAAAAAGGCCACUGGACUUGACAAUGGAUAAGCCUGUCAACAACAGUGGAGACCGCAAGCAGAGCAGGGUCAGGGUGAAAUGGCCCUCAGCGGUGACUCUGAUACUGGAGACGUACUUCCUGACGGACGCCAACCCCACUGAGGACCAGAGAGAAGAGCUUACACGUGUCUGUAAUGACGAGUUGAAGAAGUCAGGUGAAGACUUUGUUGAUGGCCAGCCCAUGACCCCAGCUCUCGUGCAGACAUGGUUCAUGGAUAGGUGGAUUCGGGAAAUGAGGAGUCAUCAACAAAAACUGUAGUUACAAGUUGAGAGCCAGCUGCAGAGGCUUGACAA